GGACAUCCGACUUCAAUUUCAGAGCUUGGCUUCAAAUCCUUUUGCGCAUGAUAAGAUCAGCCCAGAUUUUAAGACCACAGAAAAUCCAGACAACAUGUCAGUGAUGGAGAAGAUGAACCUUUGGGCGGGCAUACGAGACUUCGAUCCCUCUACUCCGCCACAAAAUGACCAGUUUCAAGGCGUGAAGGACGUUGAAGAGGACGAAACGGAGCCUUGGGAAACUAGAGCAUAUCAUAAGGUUGUGUUGAAAAGCGAUGCUUUUAAUCAGCGACUAAGGCACUUGGAAACCGAUUUGUCAUUGCGGUUCAACGAAGGUGCGCCUUGCGUACAAAAGGAAAUUCGGCGUGUCAUUCUCAAGAACCUUUCGACUCGCACGAUUAGCAAAAAACGGCCACCAAAGACCCAAAAAGCCAAGUUCCGACUUCUCAACUGGCCCACAUUCAGGGAUGGCAAUUUAUUACGCGUGCUACAGCGACAGCAGAGGGCCUCGAUGCAAGCAGCAUUCGAGCUCAAGGUUCUGGUAUACUGCAUCGAUGAGAGUCAAUGUACCGCAAUACGAGAGUACAUGGAUCAGACAUGGCUGUCGAGCUGGCGUCACAUCUUUGACAUACUGAAUUUCUAUGCAGUGAAUCUUGGGGAACCAUGGUUCAAUGAAUCGCAAUUAGCCUCCUAGGAAGUCCGCACAUCAUGGCCUCCAUUGAAGGUCGUCACCUGGCCGUCACAGUGGAAGGAUCUCGGUACUUGAUUGCUCGAUUGUGGGGAGCAACUUGCGUGGCUCUCAGCUGCGACUACCUACUCGACACAAAAUAGCCCUGCUAUCUGCCGCAAGCCAUGUAUCACCCUAGCGCGGCCUUAG